CAAUCAUUCUUCUUUGCAGAGUUCAGUUGGUUUUAAUUCUUCACCUGCAGAGAGAAGAAGAAGAAGAAGAAGGAGAAGAAUGGGGAAGAUCUGUUGUCAGGAUACAGAUGAUGGAUUUGAGAUACCAUGGAUGGGAAUUGUGGUUGCUUUCCUCAUAGCAAUGGUCUUCCUCCUCCUCUGCAUGCCUCGCCGCAGAGUCGCCGUCUACCACUGCCACUGCAAUUAGCAUCCACAGUGUCAGUCGGCCAUGGAAGGGAGGAAUUGAAGGACCAGGAGAAGCAGCAGGUAGUAGCAACCUGAGAUGAAGCCGCUCGUCCUCUGCUUAAGCUGGUUCGAACUAGCCUUCUUCCUCGCCGCCCUCCGGCCCAUGUUUGCCGCCGCUUCUUUGAUUACAGCAACAAUAACAUCAACAAACCCGUAGACUGUCAAUCUCCCUGAAUUCAUAUCUCCGCUUUCGUGUGGAAGAGGCUGAUUUUUUCCCAGGAUCUGUGGUGAAACAAAGGACCCAUUUACCUGCGGCAUAUACGCUCGAGAAAACUGAAGUUCCUAUCCUUUCUUCUCUGCUAUCCUCCCUCUCCCGUUGCAGAGAAGCAGAAUAAUGGAGCUGGGCAUCGUCCUGCGCCCGAGUUGCAGAGUGGUAUCCCUCCCGGUUCCUCCUUCGUCGAGCUGUAGAUCUUCUCCUUCUCUUUUUCCCCUCUGUAAGAGCCACCCGCAGAGGCUCCGCGCUUCCUUCGCUACUCAUCCUCUUCUCCUGCGAAGCUCGUGGCUGUCGCUUCGUGAGAGUAAGGGUUCUCGACCGGGUCGCAUUUCCGGUGAGCUCACUCUCCGCGUCUCAUCUUUCCAGCAAAUCCGGCUCUUGGUUCCAAGUUGUGCAAGGGCAUCAACUGUCAAGACUGACCCAUCUUUAGUGUUGAAGACCAAAGCAGUAGAGAUAUCCUAUGGGCUGAAAGGCGCAUCCUUGUUUCUUGUUGGAAUGAAUGGCUCAAUGAAGACCAACUUGGGGAAAUUAUUAGCAGAAGAUUUGAGGUACUGCUACUUUGACAGUGAUAGCAUAGUGGAGCAAGCUUUUGGUGGUGAGUCUGCUGCCAAAUCCCUCCGUGAGGAAGAUGAAAAGGGCUAUCGUCAAUCUGAGACUGAAGUACUCAAGCAGCUAUCGUCGAUGGGCCGCCUUGUAGUUUGUGCUGGAGAUGGUGCUGUUCAAAGCUCCGAUAAUCUGGCAUUGUUGAGACAUGGGAUUUCCAUCUGGAUAGAGACUCCCAUAACUCUCUUAGCAAAGGAAAUAACAGAAAAUGGAAAUCAAUGUCCAUCAUCAUGGGGGGUAUCAGCUUCAGAUUCAUAUGCCGAGGUGAUGGAAAAGCUAGCAAAGGUGUAUGAAGAAAUGAAAGGAGGUUAUGCCACUGCUGAUGUCACAGUUUCACUUCAAAGGGUGGCUACAAGAUUAGGCUGUGAAAAAUUGGAAGAAGUGACAGCCCACGACAUGGCUAUGGAGGUUCUGAAUGAAUUAGAGAAGCUGACGAGAGUUAAAAAAAUGAUGGAAGAAGCUGGUAGACCAUUUUGAUCUUCUUGUCCGUACCUGUACAGUAAAGACUCGAGCUGGUGCAGAGCUUCUCCAAAUGCCAUCUUCUCACUGCUCCUGUACUCUCCAAUGUGUCUCGCCCAGCUCUUAGAUAAUUCUACUUCCAUCAAUUUUUGUUUUUGUAACAAGAUCCACUAGUUGGUGCCAAAGUUUCGUAUGAUUUUUAUACUGCCUGUAUUUUUUGAAGAAAAUGAGAAGAAAACAAACUUGUACCUGCUUUGAAUGGGGCUUUUUCUCA